AUGCCGUUUUAUAGACGACCACGUAACUUUACACCUUUAUCAACUCUAGCUGAAAAACGGUCGCAUAAAAAUGGUGUUCACCACGCUAUUUUUACUGCUAGAUUCGAUAGGUACGUUGGCGAUUGGCAAAAGGACUUGAAACACGGCAAAGGUGUAUUCUUAACAAAUGGCUAUGAUGGCGGUAGGCUGUACGAAGGUGAUUGGUACCAAGGAUUUAGACAUGGCAACGGCACUUUAAGCUACCGUCAAGAAAACGGCGUCUUCAAACUGCAAUACAGCGGUGACUGGGUGCGAGGCAAACCCGAGGGUAUUGGCCGAUGGUGGUACGAAAAUGGUGACGUGUAUUUUGGUUUUUGGAAUAAAGGCAAAAGACAUGGUUUUGGCAAAAUGUGGUACGCGGAUGACACAUAUUUUGUUGGAUACUGGGCUAAGGGAGACAAAAACGGACCUGGCAUGUUUGUAUACCAGAACAGUGACCGUUACGAAGGCAACUGGAAAAAUGACGAAAAGAACGGCCUAGGACGGUAUUACCAUAUGAACACCGGUCAGUUGCAGGAAGGUUGCUGGGUGAACAACAUUUGUGUCAACUCCAAAAUGAGCGACAUCAUCAUACGACAGUUCUGCCAGAGACCUACCCCAUAUCCCAUAUUCAAUAUUGAGCUCCAAGAUCCACGAGAACUCCUUGAAGAAAGUACAUUAUGGAAAAAACUAACACUAGGGGAGAUAGACAAGAACUUGAAGACGUGUAUCGAUCAAAUUUAUUAAUUUAUUUCGAUUAAUUAUACCAGAUCUUUAAGUAUACAUUUAAGUAUAAAAUUCGACUUAACUUGGUGUUAUUUUAUUGCUUAUUUUAUACUUAAGUACCGUCAUUUUCAAUUUGAAACUGAUACAAAUUAAAUUUACAAUCAUAGUAU